AUGGCUUCGAUUUCUGCACAUGAAAUGCCAAAACAAGCAUUGGAUGGUCAUUUACUUGUCAAUCCAUUAACAGAUGAUCGAGAAAAUAAACUUUUAAUGCUUCUUCUUUGUUUUAAAAAUGGAUCACUUGUACGAGAACGUGUACGUGAAGAAAUUACUUCAAACGAUUGGAAAGAAAUGAGUGAAUUACUUUCUAAAACUGCACCAUCAAAUCAAGGUUUUAUUGGAUUUUUCUAUGAUGAUCAUGAAAUUUUACCACAAAAUAUACAAGGAAGAUAUUAUUUUAAUGCUGAUGAUCAACAAAUUGAUGAUCUUGAAGCUACAUAUAAAGCAAGAGCUGUACUUGAAGGACAAUUUCUUGCAAAACGUCUUUAUUUACAAAGAGCUAAUAUAGAUUUAACUAAUAAUGUUGAUCGAAUUGUGAUUACUGGUGGUGCAUCUGUUAAUGUUGAUCUAGUACAAAUUUUAGCGGAUAUCUUUGGUAAACCAGUUUAUGCUGCGUUAGCACCUAAUUCUGGUGCUCUUGGUGGUGCUUUACGUGCUAUUGAUGUUAUUAAUAAAAAGCCGAAUUCAACAACUUCAACUAUUGAAUGCCUUAUUGCUUCUGAACCUCGUCAGGAAUACACAGCAGUAUAUGAUGAAAUGCUUAUUCGUUAUGCUAAACUAGAAGAUAAAAUAGUCAAGGGAACAAAAUAA